AACUGAGGAGUGUGGAGAAGCGGAAAUAACCUACGUGUCAGCCACUUCUCACCCUUAAUCUAACCUCCUGAUACCACAGAGAUAAACACUGCACAGAACAGAAACAUUAAACACAGGCGAGGAACACACGAUGACCCGUGGGAAAAGGCAACAGUCACACAGGGCAGGGGACGUCGAGCAGGCCAGAGCCUGCAGAGCAGAGAGAGCAGACAGAGUUGUCACGACGGGAAAAAAUGAGCCGUGGAAAACAUUCUGGAGCCCGGAGUUUGGACGGAAAGAAGGAAUCGGUGUCUUAGGCCUGAGAGUGCAAGCUCGGCAAGUGUAGGGAGAGUACCCUCGCUGGGGGUCAGGGCGUGAGGAUGACGGUGACCUACACUAGCCGAGUGGCUAAUGCCCGGUUGUGUGGCUUCUCCAAGCUGCUGCUGCGCUGGAAGGGCAGCAUCUACAAGCUCCUGUACAAGGAGUUCCUCAUCUUCACGCUGCUUUACUUCAGCCUUAGCUCCAUCUACAGGUUCCUGCUGAAUCAGAGCCAGAAACGAGUCUUUGAGCAAAUUGCCAUCAACUGUAACAACUACGCUGACCUGAUCCCCAUGUCCUUUGUGCUGGGUUUUUAUGUGACGCUGGUGGUUUCCCGAUGGUGGAAUCAGUACCAGAGCAUGCCGUGGUUAGACCACUUGAUGUGUGUGAUCUCCUGCCAUGUGCAGGGCACAGACGAGUAUGGCCGCAUGCUGCGCCGCACACUGAUGCGCUACGUCAACCUGUCGUCCGUCCUCAUCUUCCGCUCGGUCAGCACCGCCGUCUACAAACGAUUCCCCACCCUCAGGCACCUGGUGCAGGCAGGUUUCAUGACGCAGGAUGAGUACCAGAAGUUUGAGAGUCUGAAAUCGCCGCACAACAAGUUCUGGAUUCCAUGCGUUUGGUUUGUGAACCUGGCGGUCAAAGCAAAAAAGGAAGAGCGGAUAAGUGACUACGUGUCCCUGGCCCACAUCUUUCGAGAGGUGAACACUCUGCGGAGUCAGUGUGAGCGACUCUACAGCUAUGACUGGAUCAGUGUGCCGCUGGUCUACACCCAGGUGGUGACGAUCGCAGUGUACAGUUUCUUCCUCGCCUGCCUGAUUGGUCGCCAGUUCCUGGAUCCCAGUCAAGGUUACCCCGGCCAUGAGCUCGACCUGUACAUCCCAGCCUUCACUCUGCUCCAGUUCUUCUUCUAUGCCGGCUGGCUGAAGGUGGCCGAACAGCUGAUUAAUCCCUUUGGUGAGGACGAUGAUGACUUUGAGGCAAACUGGCUCAUUGACCGAAACCUGCAGGUCUCUCUCUUGGCCGUGGAUCAGAUGCACCAAAACCUUCCGGCUCUGGAGAAGGAUAAAUACUGGAACAACAAUGAGCCACAACCACCGUACACAGCUGCAGCCAACGAGCACCGCAAAUCCUCCUUCCUGGGCUCCACCUUCGACAUCAGCAUGCUGAAAGAGGAAAUGGAGUUCCAGCCCCUGGAGCAGAUCAACGAGAACGAGGCAGUGAAUCACGCCACGCCCCUGCUCAGUAACCUGGGCCGACUGCUGGGGGUGCCCACAGCCAACCUGCAGAACAUCUCCCGAUCCACACCUCGCAUCAACCUCCUGCGCAAGAGAGCGGGGCCCCUGUCCCCCAGCCCCCUGUACAGCUUCCUCAGCUCCGACUCCACACCCAACGGCUUUCACAAGCCAGGGGGGGCGCUGCUGCCCCCCAACCGGCCCUUUGCCCGUCUUCACCGAGCGUCUUCCUCCUCUACUUCCCCACUGGGCUCCACUCAGGGCUGCGGGCCCCUGGGUGACCCCGAGGUCCCCGAAUACGACGGCUUCAUUUCCUCCUCGUUCUACGAACGGCCGGGCUAUUACAGCGCCCCACAGACCCCCAUCCACUCCAUUAAGAAGCCCUUGACCUUGGCCAGGGCAGAUGAGCCGGACAGAGCCAGCCUUGGGGCCGAACCCCAGCCCACCGGGGAGCUGGGCAUCUCCACCAGCAACAGCAACUACCCCCUCCUUCCCGAGGGUCCACAUGGCUUCUCCUCCGGGGAAGCCUUGUCGGACACAGUGAAGCCCAACCUGGCCAUGGGGGAUGGGUUCCGCGCCCGCAAGCACCCGCGGCUCACCCUGGAGUCCCUCCGGCACAUCAGCAGUGGUGACCUGCCCAGCCCAGCCCUCAUCCCCUCUGCCAUCAACACCCCGGGGCGAAGCUCCACCUUCUCCUUCACCCCCAUGGCCUCCCCUCUGCUGGAACGAGCCCCGAUAAGGAGCCACAGUGGGCUGGUCUUCACUGGCGACGAGAGGGUAACGGGCACUACCGAACCGGGCAUCUCCUCCAAGACCUUCAGUAUGCCAGGGCUGCCCACACUCACCUCAGAAUGCCCCACCGAUGCCAACACAAAGUCGCCCUUGGCCAGCCAGAGCCAGCCCCUAUCCUCAACUAAUACACGAGUCUCUCUCAUCGAAGGAGACCUAGUCAACUUCAUGGAGAUUAUCAUGGAGACAGCAGAGAACAGCCCCGAUGGUGGGAAGACCGAGAUGGAUCAGCUUACUGAUUCUCAGGGAGCGGAGACAAAACACUGAGGAUUCCAUCCGUGCCUUUCCUUGCUUGUCCACCAUCAUCCUGAUUUGGGAAGUUGGACUCGGGCAAGAUUCCGUUCUGUGUAGACUCACUUGUCCCUCGUCCCCCAACCCCACCCCAGGACUGUCACAAGGUCUCCAAUACCCAGCCUUAGUGAAGCUCCAGUUCAAAAUGUGAGUCAUGGUAUCAGAACGCCGCUGCUCACCUCUCUUCAAUGGUCUUAUGCUAUUGAUCGGCUUCACCGAUCAAUAGCAUAAGACCAUUGAUGGGAGAGUUCAUUAGAGAGUAGAGGAGCCAGAGUAAAACCAUGAAUACUGUUGAGGGUUUUACAGUAUUCGUGGUGGUUAAAGUCUCAAGGCUCAUUUCAAUCAAGGGUCCGUUCCCUGUCACUACUCCACUCCCCCCACUCC